GUCACAUGAGCCGCGCGCCCGCUUCGCUCCCCCUCCUCCCCGGCUGGGCUGUGUGAAUGAAGCUCUGCCGGCUACGUGGGGCGCUCACUCAACUUGGUGUCCUGGACGCCAGAGCCGACCGAGCGCGCUGCCCACCGGCGGCGGACACGGACUCCGCCGCUCCUGACCUCGGCGAUAGAGCAAAUCAGUUGCCCGGAGUUCCCAGCGAAGUUGUACCUGUGCCCGUGCGAUAACGUCAGUGGAAGCUGCCCCGAGUAAGUGCGGGAAAUCUAGAAGUUUGGAGCAUAAAAAACCAGCACGAAUCCACUUUACUUAAACUUCAUACGUUUAUUAGCAACUGCUCGGGUUUAAUUUCAGAGAUGUUGAAUUUCGCCUAGUCCCACGGGACGACGAUCAUUACUUCUUAACUGCACGCGAAACAGGAGAAGAAAAAAAGGCAAAUCAAAACAGACUGUCUCAGGUCUCAGAUAAGUCAUCGGAGCGCUUUUUCCUGGUGAAUUCACCCUAGGAGUUUGUUUGGGGCUUUAGCACCUUGCAGAAAACAGAGCCACAGAGCUGCCUUUCUUAUCAAGUCUCCCUAUAAAACUGAGUGGCUCUGGGAAACUCAGCCUGCGACCCCAGAGUGGGUGAAGAUAGGAUCAAGAUGGCCAUGUGGCAGGGUGCCAUGGAUAACAGAGGCUUUCAGCAGGGGAGUUUUAGUAGCUUCCAGAACAGCUCCAGUGAUGAAGACCUGAUGGACAUUCCAGCAACCGCUAUGGAUUUCUCCAUGAGAGAUGAUGUUCCUCCCUUAGACCGAGAAGUAGGAGAGGACAAGUCGUACAAUGGUGGAGGAAUAGGUUAUUCAAAUAGGAUCAUGGACUUCUUGGAGGAGCCAAUCCCUGGUGUAGGGACCUAUGAUGAUUUCAAUACAAUUGACUGGGUGAGAGAGAAGUCUCGAGACCGGGAUAGGCACCGAGAGAUUACCAAUAAAAGCAAAGAGUCAACAUGGGCCUUAAUUCACAGUGUGAGUGAUGCUUUUUCCGGCUGGUUGUUGAUGCUCCUUAUUGGGCUUUUAUCAGGUUCAUUAGCUGGUUUGAUAGACAUCUCUGCUCAUUGGAUGACAGACUUAAAAGAAGGUAUAUGCACAGGGGGAUUCUGGUUUAACCAUGAACAUUGUUGCUGGAACUCUGAUCAUGUCACCUUUGAAGAGAGAGACAAAUGUCCAGAGUGGAAUAGUUGGUCCCAGCUUAUCAUCAGCACAGAUGAGGGAGCCUUUGCCUACAUAGUCAAUUAUUUCAUGUACGUCCUCUGGGCUCUCCUAUUUGCCUUCCUUGCCGUAUCUCUUGUCAAGGUGUUUGCGCCUUAUGCCUGUGGCUCUGGAAUCCCUGAGAUAAAAACUAUCUUGAGUGGUUUCAUUAUUAGGGGCUAUUUGGGUAAGUGGACUCUGGUUAUCAAAACCAUCACCUUGGUGCUGGCAGUGUCGUCUGGCUUGAGCCUGGGCAAAGAGGGCCCUCUAGUGCACGUGGCUUGCUGCUGUGGGAACAUCCUGUGCCACUGCUUCAACAAAUACAGGAAGAAUGAAGCCAAGCGCAGAGAGGUCUUGUCGGCUGCAGCAGCAGCUGGUGUAUCUGUAGCCUUUGGAGCACCUAUAGGUGGAGUAUUAUUCAGCCUUGAAGAGGUCAGCUACUAUUUUCCCCUCAAAACAUUGUGGCGUUCAUUCUUUGCUGCCUUGGUGGCAGCAUUCACUCUACGCUCCAUCAAUCCAUUUGGGAAUAGCCGCCUGGUACUAUUUUAUGUGGAGUUUCACACCCCAUGGCAUCUCUUUGAGCUCGUACCAUUCAUUCUGCUGGGCAUAUUUGGUGGUCUGUGGGGAGCGCUGUUUAUCCGCACAAACAUUGCCUGGUGUCGGAAACGAAAGACCACCCAGUUGGGCAAGUAUCCUGUCAUAGAAGUACUCGUCGUGACAGCCAUCACUGCCAUCCUGGCUUUCCCCAAUGAAUACACUCGGAUGAGCACAAGUGAGCUCAUUUCUGAGCUGUUUAAUGACUGUGGCCUUCUGGACUCCUCCAAGCUCUGUGAUUAUGAGAACCGUUUCAACACAAGCAAGGGGGGUGAACUGCCUGACAGACCGGCUGGCGUGGGAGUCUACAGUGCAAUGUGGCAGCUGGCUUUAACACUCAUACUGAAAAUUGUCAUUACUAUAUUCACCUUUGGCAUGAAGAUCCCUUCUGGCCUCUUUAUCCCUAGCAUGGCUGUUGGUGCUAUAGCAGGUCGACUUCUAGGAGUAGGAAUGGAACAACUGGCCUAUUACCACCAGGAAUGGACCAUCUUCAAUAGCUGGUGUAGUCAGGGAGCUGAUUGCAUCACCCCCGGCCUUUAUGCAAUGGUUGGGGCUGCAGCCUGCUUAGGUGGGGUGACUCGAAUGACUGUGUCUCUUGUUGUCAUAAUGUUUGAACUGACUGGUGGCUUAGAAUACAUCGUGCCUCUGAUGGCUGCAGCCAUGACAAGCAAGUGGGUGGCAGAUGCUCUUGGGCGGGAGGGCAUCUAUGAUGCCCACAUCCGUCUCAAUGGAUACCCCUUUCUUGAAGCCAAAGAAGAGUUUGCUCAUAAGACCCUGGCAAUGGAUGUGAUGAAACCCCGGAGAAAUGAUCCUUUGUUGACUGUCCUUACUCAGGACAGUAUGACUGUGGAGGAUGUAGAGACCAUAAUCAGUGAAACCACUUACAGUGGCUUCCCAGUGGUGGUAUCCCGGGAGUCCCAAAGACUUGUGGGCUUUGUCCUCCGAAGAGAUCUCAUUAUUUCAAUUGAAAAUGCUCGAAAGAAACAGGACGGGGUUGUUAGCACUUCCAUCAUUUAUUUUACGGAGCAUUCUCCUCCAUUGCCACCAUACACUCCACCCACUCUAAAGCUUCGGAACAUCCUGGAUCUCAGCCCCUUCACUGUGACUGACCUUACACCCAUGGAGAUCGUAGUGGAUAUUUUCCGAAAGCUGGGACUGCGGCAGUGCCUGGUUACACACAACGGGCGAUUGCUUGGAAUCAUUACCAAAAAGGAUGUGUUAAAGCAUAUAGCACAGAUGGCGAACCAAGAUCCUGAUUCCAUUCUCUUCAACUAGAAUCAUAGAGUUCUGGAUAUAAAGCAGGAAGGACAUUACAGACCAUGGAUAUGUUUUAUUAACUGGGUACCCAAAACAUAUUUUCCAUAUUUGGAUGGUGAAGUCACAUUAGUGUCUUGUCUCUUUCCUACAAGUUAACCAGUUGCACUACAUAAUCUCUGGAAAUUAAUUUUCUCUUUAGGAGAAAUUACAGUUAGGCUUCCAUGAUGUUACAUUAGGAAGAUCUCAUGAAAGAAUAAAUAAGAUUGCUGUGGUUUAAUUAUAUUUGGUUUUUUUAAAGAAUUUUUUAACUUAAAAAGUAGUUAGCCAAUAUGCAAUCACUGAAAACUAUGCAAGAAAAAUUCCAGCCGUCCUGACCUAUAACCUGUAGGAAACCGAUGAAAACGUCACUCUUUUGGGAUCUAACUGUUGUUACUGGAAGACAAAGUGUAAACUAAGGGGCUUUGCUUUUUCAAACCAGAGAAAGGAAAGCCAGAAGGAAAAGAGUAAUGGUAUUUUCUAGACUGUGAAGAUUCAGUUCAAAUGUUAUCCUUGUUCCUGUUACAAUAUUUAGCAUUAUUAGUUUGUUAUGUAUGUAUGUUCAUGUUAAUUUUAAUUUUGAUUAUAAGACAAUGCUGCUUUGGUUAAUCUCUUCUAAAUGAAUUUAGAGAGAUUGACUUUUAUAGCUUGCUUGUUCCUGGUACUCUUUUGAAGUGCACAAAGAUAAGUUAUAGAGCUUUCUCCUUGUCUGCAAAAAGGGUAAUUUUCCAGGUGGCAUUUGUUAGCUGGUACACAAGGACUUUGCCAUGAAUUUGCUAGUAGCAAGGAAUUAUUUCUUCCAGCUUCCUUGAAAUGAAUAAUUAGUAAACUUCUAAGCAAAGUCAAUGAGUAGGAGUUUCACAUUUUUGUGAGGUCCUAACUAAUUCUCUUACCCAGAUGCCACCUCCAUGAAUGAUGGUGCUUUAGGCUUCUGGAAUAUGUAAGAACAGCAAAGGGAACCAAGUCUAGACUGCAUACUGGUAAACCAGGGAAGAUUCAGAACUGCAUCUGCAUCCUCAUGCAUUCCUUUGUAAAGACCACCAGUACUAAAAUAACUGGACACCUCAUUGCACCUCCCAGCGAUAAGUACGUGUAGCAGGCCAGUGUAUUGUCCCCAUGAGCAUGAAUUAGGCUUGGGAUACUUCCAAAUAUAUUCAAGGUGUUGGAACAGGAUAGGCAGCUGUGACUCCUUCAAGAGUCCUUAGAAUUCUAAAUAAAAUGCAGAGCCAUCCUAAGACCCAGGAGUAUGGACAAGGCCUGGUGACACCAAAGGUGCUUGUAUCCAAUUGAAAAGGUGCCUGUCUCAAUUUCAUACCACCUUGAUUGCAGUUAAAAAAGAAAAAAAUCACACUCUGGGGACACUUGGUGGAAUUACAGAGCCACCAUCAUCAUUCUAACCACUAUUUCAUUUUCUGUAAUUUUACCUAUGUGCAAUUACUCCCCCUCCAUUCUGUUCCACUUCUUAUCCUAGUACCAAAUCCUCUGUUUGGGGCUGAGCACUGCUCCUGGUUAAUCAUUCCUACUACAAAAAAAUAACUCCCAGGCCUAGUUAAAUUGUAAACCAAGGCUCAGCAGUCUCCCAACACGUGGACCAGAGGUGACACACAGCCAUUUUCUUUGCCAUGUGGCCCCGUUGCUGCUGCCAUGCCUCCAUUUCCACACUGGAUGCCUACGGCAGUGAGAUUUCACUGCCGGGGUAAGAGUUCAGCCUGGAUCAUUUUAUAGCUCUGUUCCGAGCACUUCCCACCAUCCUUCCAGCCCAGAAUCGGUGGUCAUUCUGCAUAUUCCCACCAACCCUCUACCCCCAAACACUUCAGUGUACCUCAUUUUAAGAGUUACUGAUCCCUGAUUCUAGGACAUUUUUACCCCUAGUUCUUAUCUUUCCAAAAUCUGAAAUUCCUUUUUUGGCUCAGAACUGGGUAGCCAAGGGUUAUUUUAUUUUUAUCUUUAAAAUAAUCAAGGCGGUCGCUAGAGUUUCUCCUUGUGAAUAGAUCACUCUAGCACUUUAAUGAAAAAGAAAAAAUCUCUCUGGGAUAUGUUAUAUCAUAGUCAUGGCUCAGUAACUAUGUAUUUUGUCCUUUCCAUGCCACUGAUUCCUUCAUAUGAGACUAUUUGACUGACUACCCUGUAUAUUGUGUAGAAAUCAAAGUCCUUAUCUGUACCUUUCUGGUCCAAUACCUGUCUUAUUAGUUGUCCUUCCCCACUAAAGUUUGCAAAACAGAAAAUGUUACUAUGUCUGGUAUUUAAUGACAAUGAAAGGUUUGGUCAUAUUUCAUAGUGCAGUAGCGAUAAGGAGGGUGUCUUAAGUUUGCCUUUGUGUUUCUUCUGGGCUUUGUUCUUGAUUUUAGACAGAUGAGCCAGUGUUAAGGUGCUACUUCAGAAAAUACAUUCGGGAAAUCAGAUAACACUGUGCCAAGGUAUACUUUGUAGAUGCUAAGCACUGAUUGGCCCUCCAGAGAAUGACAAUAUCCCUUUGAUACCUCACUCCUGAUCAAUCUCAUUCAUUAACUUCAGCUUCUCAGGAAUCCUUGUAGCUUAUAUGCUAGAAGUAGCUAUAGUAUAUGGUAUCCACUAUACAUCCAAUCCUAUGGUUUGGCUCAAAGUUUGGCUAAUUGCGGCUAGAGCUCUCAACUGCUAGCUCAGCACCUUGACACUCUGUUUCUUGUCUUGUGGAAAAGGAAAAUGUUCUUUCUGCCAUUGCCACUUUAACAGUUGGACAUGCUUAAGCAACAAAUACAGCCAGUACGGAGAGGACUGUCAGUAGCAUCAAAUGGCCACAUACCUCAAUGGCAGAAGACUAGAUGGUUUGUGAUUUAAAAAUUAAUGAGUCGAGAUGAGACUAUUUUGGUAUUAAAUGAGAAAAUUGCCUGACACAAGGGAAGGGUUUACAAAAGAAUGCCAAUUAGUGUUUCAACGGAGUUAGGAUUUUCCAAGGAAGAGUAGCUGGUAGCCAUCCAGGGAUAAAAUGAAUGAGAGUCUAUAGAUUUGUAAAAGUGAAACUACUAUAUUUUGUAUCUUCAAAUCUUCAAUUUAAAGAAUUUAAAGAACCUGAAACAGUUAAUGCGUGAUUCGUUAUAUUGAAGGGAAAAAACAGGGGACUGAUAAUACAAAAUAAUGGCAACUUUAAAGAUCAUUUCUACUUGGAUGUUUGGUUAGAAACAUAUUCCAAUGCUCUCCUCUUUCUCUGGCCACAGCAUCCUGGCUCAGCCCAGCUGUGGAGUAGAGGUGGUAAGAUCCACAGAACAGAUAUCCUCUGGUAGAUAAGCUGACAUUGAUGAUACUUUGAAUUUGCCAGCUGGUGAAGCAAACGAUUAAUUUGUGAUUGAACUGAAAAGCAGUUGAAUUGUUUUGGCACCAAAGGCUGAAUCUAAACCCUUUACAGGAAGAGCAGAGCAUAGUAUACAUUUCUUAGCAAAUCUUCAAUUCUGUUUGAACAUGAUGAAGUAACCAGGGCUUAGUGAGAUCUAAGGCCAUGAAGUAAUUCACAACCAAGAGCUUAUGAAUGCAUUAAGGUGUGAGGGGGCAAAUAUGUUUUCAAAAACUUCGUGUGCAAUAGAGUCCAUUAUAGAAAUUAACCACUGCUGUAUGUUUUAAGUAGUUCAAUCACCUGUUGCGGUUUGGUCUUGAUUUUCGUUUAUUUUGCUAAGUGAUGAGUAGGAAGAUGUACUUGUUAUCCCACACUAUCUCUUGUUUUGUUUUUUUUUUUUAAAUAAUGAACAGUGCAAUCUUUGAAGUUGAGUUUUUAAUAAUGAUAGCGAAGACAAUGGUGAGAACUUGAAACAGCUAGCAUAUUUUUUAUUGCCAAAGUACUUACUGAUGACUGACCACACUGUUUUGUGAGGAAUUGGGUCCCCUACACUGGAUCAGAGCCAAAUGCAAGCCACCCAUCAGUUCAGAGGAAGCAGGAGAACAUCUUUUGGGUGGUUCAUAGAACGUUGAGCUCUUAAAAACCCUGAGAAAAAUUAGGAAUUUAGAAAGUAAGUGGGAGGUAGAAUAUUGAGUCCUUUUUUAAAAAAAAAAAAAUAGAUGUCUAAAUAUGUGGUCUGAACUUAAGUGUCCUAAAACUUUGAUUUUUUUUUUUUUUUUUUUUUUUUUUUUUUUUUUUGAGAAGGAGUCUUGCUCUGCUGCCAGGCUAGAGUGCAGUGGUGCAAUCUCAGCUCUCUGCAAUCUCUGCCUCCCGGGUCCAAGCAAUUCCCCUGCCUCAGCCUCCCAAGGAGGUGGGACUACAGGCGCAUACCACCAUGCCUGGCUAAUUUUUGUAUUUUUAGUAGAGACGGGGUUUCACCAUGUUGGCCAGGAUGGUCUCGAUCUCUUGACCUCGUGAUCUGCCCAUCUUGGCCUUUCAAAGUGCUGAGAUUACAGGCGUGAGCCGCUGCACCCAGCCAAACCUUGAUUUUUUUAGCCACCUCUGGGAUUGCCUGGGUUCCCUUUGGAGAAGAAACUAAGAGUUAUGGCCAUGGAAAAAGCCCUGGUAAGAAAAUGUUUGAAUGGUGUAAGAUGGUGGAAGGAAAGCCAUCCCACACCCCUAUAACAUGUUCUGGCAUUUAUAAACUGCUUGAUCGUGUGCCCCAAGGGGAAAAAAGUCAAGUAAUCCUCCAAAGGCCAGGCUUUCUACGAAAAUGAGUGGUUCAAAGCAGUGUUUGGCUCAAGGGCAGUCUAGUUUUAUGGAUAGGGCCGACCUAAGACAUGUGCUCAUGAAGAAAUGUGGUAUCUGUUGCCAUUUCCUUAACUAUAAGGUUUAGAUAGACUGUCUUGAAUUUUGAUAGCAAUUUUUAAAAAAUAUAUAUUUUUGCCUCCUCGUAUGUCCUUAUUAUAUAUAGAAAAAAAAAGUGAGAGUUCCUCAGAUCAGAGCUCAGGAGCUGUGUCAAUUUGAAGUUCAAUCGGUGUAGUUGUUGUGAGGUGAUCGCUGACUCUGCUCUGUUUCAUAUUUCAGUUGCUUGCUCCAAGGAGAGAAGUUCUGAGAACAAUGGCUGUUAGCAACUUUAAGUUACUCCCCAAACGUUUGCUGGCCAUAUUCUCAUUUCUAAACAUCUGGAUCUGGGUAAAGGUUUGAAUAGAUGUAGGGAACAAAAUUGGUUUUUCCAUGGUGUAGUCUAAUUUUGCCAAAUCACCCAAGAAAGAAAGUAUAUGACGUGUGGAGUUUGCAUUUCUUGGAUGGGACCUAUCAGAUCACCCAGCCCAGUCUUGCAGUCAUAAAUUCCUACCUCUUAGUUCCUGCCAAAGGGCCUUCAGCCUCUGUGUGCACACUCAUUGAAUGAAUGCUUUGCCUAAAAUUUGGCCUUUUGAAGAAAAACAGUAUGUAAUAAUAUAAAAAUAUGAGAGUUAAAAAAGAUCUCUGCCUCUCCUCUCUGCCUCAUCCACCUUGCCAUUUGUCUUGUUCUCUUUCUCUUCCCACACCAUGCCCUGAAUUCAAAUUUCUCUUUGUUUUAUUACAGGCAUGUUGUUUUGAAUGUGGACUUUGUGGGAGGGAGAUGAUUGUUCUGAGAACAGAAACUGGAAGAUACUUCUGAGUUGAUGGGACCAACAGGGCUUUGCUCCUCUGUGAGGGCCAAAGCCAUUGAUACUUGUCGGGGGUGAUGAGGGCUUUAGCAUCUCAAGGCAGACAUAUGAAGUAUUUACUGCUAAAUUGUAUUACCUACUAGUUCAAAUCUGUUGGAAUUCAGGGGCAGUCUAAGAUUUGGUGAGUGAAAUGCCAUCUGGCAAAAUUGAGAAGAGGGUGUGGCCUGAGAGGGGAAUGUUCAGCCUCAGUAUCACAUUAAGGGUACCUCAAAAUACAUGGUCCUUCUAGCUUGUUCCUUUUCCUCCCUCCAUUUCACUUUGUCCCCUCUUCUUCCUUUCUCUCCCAUUGUCCUGCCUUUUUAGCACUCAGCUUUUUAUAUAAGUAUGUAUUUACUUUUUAUUAUGUAUUUGGUCCUUUAGGACUAUGUGAUGAUUAAGAAUUUAUUCCAUUCAAGAUUUUAAAAUGAUGUGUUUAAUAUUUUGUUCUCUUAAACUGUCUUUUGAAGCUAUGCUGCUAACCAGGUAUAGGCCAGAAAGGAGGUGGCCCUGUCAGUACCUUGGUCACAUCAGCUAAGGGGAACAGUGAUGUCAUGUGGGUGACUCUUCCUCAUUUGACCAAGGCCAGCCUCCUGCUCUUACCUCUGCCCAUUCAUUUCUGGCUAUGGGAAAACUACCACCUGUUGGGUGAGCCAAUGAGGCCAGGAAGAUCAGAGGGGCUGGGUUACAGCCCAUGGGCCACUAUUUGAAUUUCUCUGUAGUAAGCGCUUUGUAGGGCUGGCUCCAACUGCAGUAGCCAAAGAAAACCUGUCUGACUCGACAUUUUAAUGCCUGAGAGUUGGUGAAAGUUCAGCUGAAGCUAAUGUCUAGACAUCAGCAGUAAGUAGGCAUCCAGAAAGUAGCUUCAACCAAAGCUAAUAGAGCCCAAGUUUCUGCAGGAGGUUUGGUGCUGAGCUGUCCUAGAGCAGUUGUUUAUCUGAGUGUUGCUAUCCCUUAGCCAUGCUUUCUUGGCUUUGUUCUCGCCUGUUCUUAGGCAUAGCCUGAACCAGAGCUAUGGCUCACUGCUCGCUUUAGUCUACUCCCUAGUCAUGUGGAACAACAUAGUCUAAAAAGGAAGAUGUGGACUGGGGAGUUAGGAGACCUGAUUUCUAUUCCCUAUGCUUCUACUAACUAGCCUCGAGAUCUUAACCGCUCUGUGCCUCAGUGUUCCCAUCUGCAAAAUGGGGAUAGUGUUAAUUGCCCUACCUACCUCACAGGGUUGUUGUGAGGAUAAACUGAGACAAUGAAUUCAAAGUACGUUGACAAGUAAGUGCUAUGCAAAUUGUAAGAAAUGGAAACAAUCAUGUUAAAGGCAAUGGAAUGGACAUUGGCAGAAGGGUUAAUGGAUUGUCCAGCCCUUUCUCUGUGUGGCUUAAACCCAGGUCGCCAUUGCUUUAUACAUUUCCACUUAGCACAGAUUUGUAAUUAUGCAUGUAAUAAAGCACAGCCUUAUCCAC